AUGGAAAGCGGAAGCGUCAGCUUGAAAGUCCAGGAGCUGCAUGCAGCCACGGCCGUCGUCAUCACCGCGCAUGCGUGGAUCGUCGGUCUGAGCACGGGCGUGGUCAAGAUCCGGGACUUCCUACGGGCGGACGGCGCCUGUAGGAAGGAGCUGACGGGAGGACACAGAGGUGCCGUACGCUGCCUGGCCGCCGAUGACCAGUUACUGGUCAGCGGGGGUCAGGACGGACGGCUGCUGCUGUGGAGCAUGGCGGGCAGCGCACGGAAACCGCUGCACACACUGAGCAGUCCGAGGUUGUGGAGUCUGCGUGGCGGUGACGUCACACGCGUUCUGCGUGCGCACACGGGCGCCGUCACGCGGCUCGCCGUCUGCGCGGGAAGGCUGCUGUCGGCGUCUGCUGACAGGACCUGCCGAGAUUCAAUAGAGAGCGCAUGA